AUGGCAGAUAGCACGCGACGAUCAGGAAGAGCUACGAAAGGCCAGCAUAGCAGAGCUCUCGAGCCUGAAGAUGUCCCAACGCCUCCAAAACGGGGUGGAAAAGGCAACAAGUCCAAAAAGAACGAGCCAACACCGCCACCCGAGGAAGAAGAAGAACAGGCCAUCAUUCGCUGCAUUUGCGGCUACGUGGUGGAAGACGAGGAUGAUGAACGAAAGAUGAUAUGUUGCGAAAAUUGCGACGCCUGGCAGCACAAUGAGUGUAUGGGAAUGUCAGAUGAUGAUGAUGAGCUGCCGGAAAAGUAUUACUGUGAGCAAUGCCGCCCAAAAGACCACAAGGAACUUCUGGCACAAAUAGCGCGCGGUGAGAAGCCAUGGGAGGAGCGGCAGAGGCAGCGUGAACUCGAGGAGCAAAAUAAGAAGGGACGGAAGGGCAAGGGCAAGAAAGGACGCAAGCCGGGCAGACCGAGCGCAGUCCAGAAGGAGAUUACACAAGAGAAUGGUGCUAUACACGAUGAUGCUAUGGACAUCGACCCCACUCCAGCCCAGGUCGAGCAGCCUGCCGAAGUCGAACAGCCGCCCCAAGAGGAGAAGGUUGACGAGGAGAAGGCUGAAGAGAAGAAGCCUGAAGAGAAGAAGACUGAAGAGAAGAAGGCUGAAGAGAAGAAGACUGAAGAGAAGAAGACUGAAGAGAAGAAGCCUGAAGAGAAGAAGGCUGAAGAGAAAAAAGAAAGCACCAAGAGAAAGCUGCCCGAAGAGCCCAUUCCCGAAGCACAAAGCCCCAGUCAAGCAGAACCUCCGAGCAAAACGCGCAAGAUCACUAGUCCGAUUACCGAAACGCCAUCGUUGCCUCCCCCGUCUCGGCGCAAAUCUGGUGCCCCGGCAUCUAAAAAAAGAGAUUCUACAGCUGGCCAGCCACAGCUGGAGCUUGUUGAGCAGCCCUCUGAUUUACAAAGUGAUGAGCGGCAAAGGGUUGCAACGGCUUUGGUCAAACUCUUCAAGGAUCUAACUAAGCAAGCUGAGAAACAAGGCGCUUUCAGUUUGCCUAAGGGCCAGAAGGUCGAUGAGUUUGGUAAUAAAUUAGGACUACUAGUAGAGCAAGCGAUCUUUAUGAAUUUUUGGUCUGGCACUGGGAAAGCCCCUGAGGCAUAUGCCAACAAAUUCCGCACGAUCUCACAUAACGCCAAAAAAAACCCCUCCCUUAGAGAUCGUGUGCUCAGUGGAUCACUCUCACCCAGCGACUUCUCCAGAAUGGAACCAAAAGACAUGGCAAGCGAGGAGCUACAAGAAAUGAAGGAGGAAAUGUUGAAAGAGGCAGAGAAGCAACAUGUGCUCAUCCAAGAGGAGGGGCCAAGGAUGAGGAGAACUCACAAAGGAGAGGAGCUUAUUGAAGAUGAAUCUCAUAUUGCUGACAGCAUGGACUCGGCCUUCGUAGCGCCAUUGAGGAAGAGGCCUUCGGAGAUCGACUCCAGCAUCGCCAAGCAGGCGAGUCCAGAGAUCGAAAACCCGCAAAGUCCUGCUGCCGUUGAGCUUCCAGAGAACUUUGGUGCUGGGUCCGCCACCACCGCUCAGCCGUUAGUGGUCGAUACAAGCGCCGAACCACGGGCGUCUGCUGCUCCAGAGCGGAAAUCAGCCAACAACUUCAACAUCCAGGAAGUGUGGCAAGGCGUUAAAGGCCCGGAUCCUGAGACUCAGCGUACGCGCCAGGCCUCGAGACCUUCAGAGUCAAUAAUCCAGCAACCGCAAGGAUCGGGAGUGAAAGCUGAUCCGGAGAUCGACCAGCUUCUCAAGGAUGAAGAGCCUGAAGACGAAGAACCAUAUUCGCCAAUUGACUACACCGCGGAACCAGGUUCUACUAUCUGGCAUGGAAAGCUGGCUAUGGCCGGCAUUGCGAGCUUUCAUGGCACUGGAAGACACGUUGCAGGGGCUGAUCUCAGCGCUACCCUGCCUUGGCAUACAUUGAUACCAAGCUCCUUGACCAUCGAAGGCCGAAUCUCUACCGAUCGCGCUGAAGAAUACCUCUGCAGUCUCAAAUGGAGUACGACAACAGACGUUAUUGUCAUAGCUGUGACUCCGAACUCAGACGCUGAGUCCCAAGUCCAGUUCGAUAAGCUCUUCACCUACUUCACUGAGCGCAAACGCUAUGGCGUUAUCGGUAAAAGUCCGGUCUCUUCUGUCAAGGAUACAUAUGUCGUCACACUCGAUGCUGGCGCAGGAAAAAAGCCAGAUUUUGUCGAAAUGCUUGAAUAUUGCAUCAUCGAAGACCCCAGGCCUGAACGCACACUCCUCCUCACCUUCGCAGUCAAGCUCAAUAACUCACCCUCCGCUCAACAGACGCCUCGCCCCACCGACGCCGCUUCCAUUGCCAGCCCCAUCGGUGGCAGCGGCGCUCAAGCCUCCAACAUGGGCCAACACCCAAGCUUCCAACAUUCUCCCACCGCCUUCGCUGCUCCCCAACACCUCCCCCCAUAUGCGAGCAGUCCAACUCAAGCUCAACACGCCUACAUGCCGCCCCACCAUCCAUCACCCUACCCACCACAGCAACAACAGUACGGAGGCGUAGGGGUAACAGGUAUCGAUGCCGCGCGCCAGGCGCUCGGCGAGUUGGCAAGUGCACCCGUGAAGGGUGAGAGUGGUACGCAGUAG